AUGGACGACAGUAGCAGCCAGGACGACCGCGGCGACGAGGACAUGGCGUUGCGUCGAGAGAAACUUAUUGAGACCGCAACGACCCAUCUGAACGCGGCUCGAGCCUGCAUCCCCGAGCUCGAGGCGCUGCUCGCCGCCCUCACACCCAAAGUCAAGUCGGUCCAUGCCACGGGCCUCAUCCCCUUUGUGCGGGACCUCAAGCACGACGUGCAGGGGAUCGAGGCCAUUCUCCAGGAACUGCGGCAACUGCGGUCCAAGAAGAACGGCGACGCAGCUGGCCCUGAACCGGACGACGAUGCCGCCAGAGCCGACCUGGACGCCAUCUGGAAACGGCUCGAGCCGCGCACGACCGACGCCUACCACAGCAGCACACGCUGGCAGGCGCUGCGGCGGUGCGCCGACCUGGUCGCCGUCAAGCGUACCUUUCAGGGCUCGGCGCCCGACCUGCGGCGCGCGGCCGUCCUUGAGCGCGGCCUGCAGACGGACCACGAAAAGGUGCAACUGCACCGCACCAUCAAGGAGCAGGCCAAGACGGAGGUGGCCGUCGUGGACCGCGGCGCGUGCUGGAUCGACAUUCGCUGGAUCAGCGCCGACCGCCUCGCGCGGCAGAUGACGGACUCGGGCUGGUCCUGGGGCGAAUACGAGUGCGGCGACGUCGUCAGCCGCGACGAGUGGGAGGACAUGCCUUUUGUGCGGCAGGUGCGCCGCGUCGUCGCCGCCGCGCGACUCAACCGCCACGAGUACCGCAUCCCGGCCGUCCGCCUCGUGCUGCCCAACCUGGCCCGCGGCGCGCACCCGGACAUUGACGUGCUCCUCGACCAGCUCCCGCGGCUCGACCCGGGCGUCGACCUCGUCCUCGAGGACGCUUCCAGCGACUUUUGCACGCGGCCGCCCCCGCCCCUCGCCGAUACUAUCCGCGACCUCGUCGGCACUGGAAGCCUGCAGGUGCCGCUCACCGACACGCUCAACCUGGAGCAUACAGUCCUCGUCGACCUCAUCUCGGACCUCACCCACCUGCGCCUGACGCCACUGCCGUGGCAGUCGCGCACCACCCGCGCGCAGAUUGAGGAGGAGAAUGCCCACCCGGACGGCGUCAUGGCCCCGAUCCUCUACCCGCUCCUGCGCGGGCGCCGCCUCGUCUGCACGCACGAGGCUGCCGAGCAUUUCCAUGAGAUGCUUACCACAGUGGGAACAGCGACGGAGCGCGCCCGCGGCCGCCUGCUCGUGCCGUAUUACGCCGAGGAGCUCCGCGCAGCAUACUCACCCGCCAUUCUCCGCGAGCGCUUCGAUGCCCUUUCCGAGCGGCCCCUGCCCGCCGACUUGCAGUUCCCUGUUGAGGUGCUCGCCGACGAUGGGCGCUGGGACGUUGACCGGGUGCGUAGCCUAGUCGAGGAUGAUGGUAGCGGCGCACUGCCGCCCGUGGCGCUCGAGAUUGCGCGUCGCGACCUCCUCAAGAGCUCCAAACUCAGCACCUACAUGUACGGCUGGCGCGCGGGCGUAGUCACGGUCACUUCCAACAAGGAGGUCCGCGCACACAUGCGCACCUGGGUCGAGGCUGGUCGCUGUAGUGAUGAUGAGCGCGGGCCCAUGCUCUACUGCGUCGAUGUUACGCGUAACUUGCUGGCCAAGAGCGCCGUGCCGCCGCCGGGCUGGCCGGGCUUGGGCGAGGAAAGAAAUAGCCAGACACCUGUACAGAAUAACGAGCAUAAGGAAUAG